AUGUUUGUUCGUCCCAAAUCUGAUCGAAGAAUGCUAUACCAACAGCUCAAAAACUCAUCAGUUACUGUUAUUGUGGAAACAUCAAGUGAAGUAAGGUUUAUUGGCACGGGUGCUGUUUGGGAUUCAAGUCACAUUGUGACAUGUCACCAUCUCCUCCUCGACAAUCCAAAGAGUAUUUUCGUUAGUGACAUGAAGGAUGUCUCUCAGAUAGAUGGAAGAAUAUUUACUGCUAUUCUAGUGGAUGCUUUCCCGGACAUUGAUAUAGCUCUUCUUAAGCUAGUUGACAAUGAGAAAAUUCAUAUUAAUCCUGUUAUUCGAGCAGAUGUACAAGAGGUUUUUGUUGGUGAUGAGGUUUUUGCUAUUGGUAGCGUGAAUGCGGAAACUGAGAUGAUUCCUGGGGUUUUGCAAACAACUGUUGCGUCAAUGGAGGGGUGUAGUGGUUCACCGAUUCGGGCUAUUGCGUUGGAAUAUGCUUUGGUACAUGAUGCAAUAGCAAAAAUAUCCUCGCAUAGUGGGAGCUUAGGUCAUCGUAAAAGUGCUAAUGGUAAAAAGCAUCAUUAUGAGAAAAUCAGUUAG